AACCUUAUAAAUUUCCUUUUAAGACAGAACGGAGUUUUAUCUAAUGAAAUCUCUAAUCUUAACAUCAUCCGCAAACGUGGUUUAAGGGAAGGGAAUUGGCGCUUGUUUCGGGACUUUUUAGACUGGAUAGAGAGCGCUGUGCUCGGGGCUCUGCUCCAACAGAGUCGCCAUCCCCCGACAUAAUGGCGUUUCAGAGGCGGCGCCACCACUAUUACCUCCGCCUCCAGCGUCUUAUCCCGUUUAUUUCCGCCUUGUCAGCCGUUCUUCUCAUCCUAUUCGCUCUACUAUCCUUUCUCGCCCCUUCCCCCGUCGAUUCCGUUCACCUCCGCCACCGUUCCUUCCUCAAGAUUCGCAACGACGAUGCAGUUGGAAUUUCGUCAUUUCGUGUUCCGAGUGGCGAGGGGAAAUCGGCUCGUGAUCUUUGGAGCUCCAGAAAUUACAAGUUCUACUACGGUUGCAGCAAUGCCAGCAAGAAGUUUCAAAAAGUUGAAGCUAUUACGCAUCCCAAUCGAUACCUGGCAAUAGCAACCAGGGGCUUGAAUCAACAAAGAACCGGUAUUACAGAUGCUGUGGUUGCUGCCCGUAUAUUAAAUGCUACUCUUGUUGUUCCAAAGUUGGACCAAAAGUCCUUCUGGAAAGAUUCCAGCAACUUUUCAGAGAUCUUUGAUGUCGAUUGGUUUAUAUCAUUUCUGUCAAAAGACGUUAAAAUUAUUCAACAUCUGCCUAGGAAGGGAGGGGAAACUUUGGAUCCAUACACCAUGCGUGUGCCAAGGAAGUGUAGUGAAAGAUGUUAUGAAAGUCGUGUAUUGCCUGUUCUCUUGGAAAGGCAUGCUGUUCAGCUCAGCAAAUUUGAUUACAGACUUGCAAACAAGUUGGGCACAGAUUUGCAAAAAUUGAGAUGUAGAGUUAACUACCAUGCAUUAAGGUUUAUUGAUCCAAUACUUCAUAUGGGUGAAAAAUUGGUUCGUCGGAUGAGGAUGAAAGGCAAGCAUUAUAUCGCAUUACACCUGAGGUUUGAACCUGAUAUGCUUGCAUUCUCGGGAUGCUAUUAUGGUGGUGGAGAAAAGGAAAGGAAAGAACUGGCUGCAAUACGGAGGAGGUGGAAAACUUUACAUAUUAGCAAUCCUGAUAAGGAAAGGAGGCAUGGAAAAUGCCCACUCACACCAGAAGAAGUAGGUCUGAUGCUGAGAGCACUGGGAUAUGGCAGUGAUGUCCACAUUUAUGUGGCAUCUGGGGAAGUGUAUGGAGGGGAAGAGACAUUGGCACCCUUAAAAGCACUCUUCCCUAAUUUCUAUUCAAAAGAAACUAUAGCCACUAAGGAGGAGUUGGAACCGUUUUCUUCAUUUUCUUCUCGCAUGGCUGCACUUGAUUUCAUAGUGUGUGAUGAAAGUGAUGUAUUUGUGACCAACAAUAAUGGAAAUAUGGCUAGAAUAUUGGCUGGACGAAGGAGAUAUUUUGGACACAAACCUUCUAUUCGACCAAAUGCUAAAAAGCUAUAUCGGUUGUUCUUGACUAGAAAUAACAUGACUUGGGAAACGUUUGCCUCUAGAGUUCGUACUUUUCAAAGAGGUUUCAUGGGUGAGCCAAAAGAAGUGAGGCCUGGCAGAGGUGAAUUUCAUGAGAACCCAUCUACAUGUAUAUGCGAAGAUUCUGAUGCCAAGGCAGAAAGAGAUUCCGGACCUAGAAAACAUGGCAAGGGUCACUAUCCCACCAGAAAAGAUGUAGUAAUUGAUGUUCAAAAUCUUGAUGAUGAGCCAGAAUGGCUUGAUAUGGAUGACAAUGAAGAUCGGAAUGAACCCCUAGAGAGAGGUCUCUUCAACAGAACUGUUUCGGAUUUUGAUGGAGCAAUCUCUGAUGAUGAUCUUGAGUUGGAAGAGAUUCUUUCGGACUAACAAAGCUAUCGGUAACAGAUUCUUUUGUUUU